CAGAGACUGUCAUCGGUGAGGUUCAUCCAACAGAGCCUGCUCCUCCGCUCCGACGCUGGAUCGGGUCAGCUGCGUUUUAAACUCAGGAGGAGAAGACGGACUGUGAACAAACCUCGUCAUGAACUGGGCAUUCCUCCAGGGUCUCCUCAGUGGGGUGAACAAGUACUCCACAGCCUUCGGCCGAGUUUGGCUCUCUAUCGUUUUCCUCUUCAGGGUCAUGGUGUUUGUGGUUGCUGCCGAGAAGGUAUGGGGCGAUGAACAGAAAGACUUCAAAUGCAACACAGCUCAGCCCGGGUGCCACAAUGUCUGCUACGACCACUUCUUCCCCGUGUCCCACGUCCGGCUGUGGGCCCUGCAGCUCAUCUUCGUCACCUGCCCCUCUCUCCUGGUGGUGAUGCAUGUGGCCUACAGGGACGACAGGGAACGGAAACACCGGCUCAAGUAUGGCGAGAACUGCCGCCGCCUCUACCAGAACACGGGCAAGAAGCGCGGCGGCCUGUGGUGGACCUACGUCCUCACUUUGGUCUUCAAAAUAGGUGUGGACGCCACAUUCGUCUACCUCGUCUACCACAUCUACGAGGGUUACGACUUCCCCUCGCUCAUCAAGUGCGAACAGAAGCCCUGUCCCAACAAGGUGGACUGCUUCAUCGCUCGGCCCACUGAGAAACGAAUCUUCACCAUCUUCAUGGUGGUCACCAGCCUGGCCUGCAUCCUCCUCUCCAUUUUUGAAAUUGUCUACCUGGUUGGAAAACGCUGCCGUGAAUGCUUCACCGCGUUCCAUAACUCUCGCAACGUCACGACCAACACGCUGUCCAGCGGCAGCACCCUGAUGGAGUCAAACACUCUAAAGGUGCCGGGCAAAACCACCCCUGAUACGCCUGCUCCUGCAUACAGCGUUGCCAUAUCUUGAGAUCCUGAGAAUAAUGGCAAAGACUUAACGAAAAACAAUGUCGUGGGAAAGGAAAUAUGCCUCUCCUCCCUCCACAGGCACUUCCUUAAGAGACUUGUCAGCAGACAUUUGAGUGCUCAGAGACUGAACUACAAUAUAUGUAGUUCUUUACUGUUACUGUGUCCACAUGUUGGAGAAUCACAAAUUCUGGACCACAAGACAUAUGUGUCAUUGAUCUGGAAUGUGCUCACUGCGGUGGGGUUUGGGUCAGAGUAUUUUACACAGAUUUUUUUUCUUUUAGAGAUGGAGUUCCACAGCCCGUUCCAAAAAAAAAAAAAAAAAAAGCUUAAAUUUGGCCUUGAGACCAAUUACAUGAGUCACUCCAUGGUUUGGAGAUGGUUUUACAAACACAUGUGGUUAAGUUUUCCUACUGCUCUGUGCCCAACCCCGAAAUGUUUAGUUCAAGCUGUACUGCUUCUUUUCGCUUCACUCACUCCUUCUUAUCUGACUCUUUUAGAAAACUGUACUUAAUUUAUCAAAAAGUUUGUAAGAUUGUGCUGCCCCGCAUGUUAUUGUUCUGACCUGUUUCAAACUGAUUCUUGUACACGGGCAGAAGAGAGCAAUGAAGUCAAAAAGCAGUGCUGUAAACACAGUUGUUAAUAAUAU